AUGGAGAAGCAGAGGCAGAGAAAGGGAAGGAGAGACAAGUAUGGCGAAGGAGAGGAAAAAGAGAAGGGGGAUGUAGACAGGGGAGGCUUGAUAGAAGAAGAAGAAGAAGAAGAAGAAGAGGCAGAGAAAAGGAAGGAGAGGAAAAAGAGAAUGGGAAGUAGACAGGGGAGGUUUGAUAGAAGAAGAAGAAGAAGAAGAAGAAGAAGAAGAAGAAGAAGAGGCAGAGAAAGGGAAGGAGAGGAAAAAGAGAAUUGGGAAGUAGACAGGGGAGGUUUGAUAGAGAAGAAGAAGAAGAAGAGGCAGAGAAAGGGAAGGAGAGACAAGGAAGGCGAAGGAGAGGGGAAAAGAGAAGGGGGUGGGGGAGGCAGGAAGGUUUGA